AUGUAUCCCAACCCCAACUCCAACCAGGCAAGACUCAAACACGCCCCCUCGCCUUCUUCCCCUUCCGACUCAUACCCUGCCACUCGCCCUGUUCACCCUGCGACGUCGAUUCAACAUAGAGCAACUCGUCUUGUCGACGGCGCUGCUCCAACGCCAACGCCAGAGCUACCUGCUGCGCCCAUCGCUGUUCUCGCCCCUAACGGUCAUGCACACUCUCUCGAAAUAUCGGUAAUGCAGACGCUCAUCUUCCGCCGGAUUAUAGUGAUAGAACUUGUCGUUCAGGUUGCGCUCGUCGAUGUGGCUCUGCCGAUUCACACUCCGGCACUGGCGAUAUCUGCCUUCCCAUAUACAGCUCGCGCAGCGGAAUUUGAGCAGGUGUCCAUCGAUCACUGGUUCUUUGAGUGGUUGUUCUUCUGAGAGAGUUGACUCAGAGAUAGUAUAGAUAGGUUGUACCGUCUGUUUCUUCCGCUGUAUCAGCAGGCCU